CUGCUGCUCUGCACCUAUCACUGCACCAUCCCUCUCUCUCUCUCUCUCUCUCUCUAUCCCUUUGUAAGGACUGACCCUACAAAGGCUUCUCCUUUCCCAUAAAACGACAGCAGCACCUCCCUUCACUUCUCCCAUAUCCAUAAAUAGCUCCAGAGUUGCCAGCCAAACCUCUUCUUCAACUCUGUGUUUGUCUUUCUUUCUUUCUUUCUUUAAAUGGGCUCUAUGAACAACUGGUUAGCUUUCUCUCUUUCACCUCAAGAUCUCCAACCUUCACAAACUCCUCAAACACACAUCACAGCCGCUGAAGCAACCACUGAUAUCUCCUCUGACUGCUUUGGUCUCUCUGGCACUCAUGACUCCUCCUCUGGCAUCCCUUCUCUUCCCCAUGGCUCUUUUCUCAGUCUGGGAUUCUUACAACAGAACUCACCAUCAACCUCAAGAUUGGGGGAUGAAGGGGAUGGAAUUUAAAGGGAGUUCAUCAGAGUUAUCUAUGUUAGUUGUUGGAUCAAGUAGUAAUCAGACUAACACCAUGGAAGAUGAUGAGCCAAAGCUUGAAGACUUUCUUGGUGGCAACUCCUUCUCUGACAAUGAUCAGAAACUUCAUCCAGGUGCUUAUGAUCAUAGUACCAAUGAACACCAUUACUUGUUCUCCAACUGUUCUUUGCAGCUCCCAGCUACUGCAACAGUAGCAGCAUCAACACCAAAUGGGGGAGGAUUGAUUAAUCAUAGUACAGGAUCAGGUGGUAGCUCUAUUGGCUUGUCAAUGAUCAAGACUUGGUUGAGAAACCAGCCAGCACCAGUGCAGCAACCAGAGAGCUUGAAUAAUGAUAGUGUUGAUCAUGCUGUUGCUUCAAUGGUUGGGAACUCACAGGGGUUAUCUUUAUCGAUGAGUUCCGGCACCGUCACCGCAUCAGGGUCUCAGUCAAGCUCUUCGCUGCCUUUAAUGGUGGUGGGUGGUGGUGGUUGUGGAGGAGAAGCUGGUUCUUCUUCAUUGGAUGAAAAGCAUAAGGGAAGUGCAAGUGGUAUUGAUGCACAGAAUGGAGCUAUAGCUAUAGAGGCAGUGCAAAGGAAAUCUAUUGAUACAUUUGGCCAGAGGACUUCCAUUUACAGGGGUGUAACAAGACAUAGGUGGACUGGAAGGUAUGAAGCUCAUCUCUGGGAUAAUAGUUGUAGAAGAGAAGGACAAACUAGGAAGGGGAGACAAGUGUAUUUGGGUGGUUAUGAUAAGGAAGAUAAAGCAGCAAGAGCUUAUGAUUUGGCUGCUUUAAAGUAUUGGGGUACUACUACAACUACUAAUUUUCCUAUAAGUAACUAUGAGAAAGAGUUGGAGGAAAUGAAACACAUGACAAGGCAAGAGUAUGUUGCAUCUCUUAGAAGAAAGAGUAGUGGUUUUUCUCGAGGUGCUUCGAUUUAUCGAGGUGUUACUAGGCAUCAUCAGCAUGGAAGAUGGCAGGCAAGGAUAGGCAGGGUGGCAGGGAACAAGGAUCUCUAUUUAGGCACUUUUAGCACACAAGAAGAGGCGGCAGAGGCAUACGAUAUCGCAGCGAUUAAAUUUCGUGGACUAAAUGCGGUGACAAACUUUGACAUGAGUCGAUAUGAUGUGAAUAGCAUUCUGGAGAGCAGCACUUUGCCGAUCGGCGGUGCUGCUAAGCGUCUAAAGGAUGCUUCAGAGAAUGCAGAGGCAAGUGUCGAUGGCCGGAGAAUGGAUGAUGAGGCUAUAACUUCACAGCUUACCGAUGGAAUGAACAGUUUUGGCAGCCAUGGUUGGCCUACAAUUGCAUUCCAACAACCUCAACCUUUGGCAUAUCACUAUCCUUAUGGUCAGUACAGAGGUUGGUGCAAGCCUGAACAGGAUUCCGUCGGCAUUGCGCAUAACUUGCAAGACCUUCAACAACUACAUUUGAGUAACAACACUCAUAAUUUCUUUCAGCCGUCGGCAAUCAAUAAUCUAAUGUCUCUAGAUUCAUCGUCGUCCAUGGAACACAGCACUGGAUCAAACUCUGUGAUCUAUAACACUAGUGCUAAUUAUCAAGGAGGGUUCAUUGGAGGGACUUCUGGAUUUGCAUUGCCGUUAGGCGGCACGGUUGUGGUCGAUCAAAGCCGGAACAAUCAAUCGAGCAGCAUUGAAUACGAAAGCAUGUUGCCAAAUGCUUAUUAUCACCUAUCACAGCCAAAUUCAGCAGGUCAGGUUGUUAAGGACAAUGGAUAUGAGCAAAGUAGUUCUUGCAAUACAUGGAUUCAAGCUUCAGUGCAAAGCAUGGAACCAAGUAGCAGCAAUAACAACAAUACUGGUCCUCCAAUUUUCACAGUAUGGAAUGAUGCAUAGAUUUUGAUUAGUUUUUUUUUUUCCUUUUUUGAUCAGCAAGUUAGGGAAGUUGGCUGAAAGAUAGUAGACUGGUUUUUAGUUUUAACAUAGGAUUGAACUUUGAAAUGUUUUGGGGGAAUUAGUCAUGCUUUGUAAGUAAAUUUCAGAGAA